AUGGCAGCACUGAACCAAAAGACGAUUGCAAACACUGGAGACGAACACGCGAAGACGACUGCUCUGGAUAACACCAACAAAAACAAUAAUCACGAAAAGAAGGUUCGAUUCAACGAUCGAAUCAAAGCAAAGAGUCAGAUUCUUUAUUUUGACCCCAAAGAUAUUCCAGAAGAGGAGGUACUAGUCGACAAGGAAAAACUUUGGUACUCAACACAAGACUACGAUGAGGCUUGCAGGAACGAACAGAUUCUUCGAACUUGCAUCUCAAACAAUGAUCAGCUCUGCGACGAAAAUAGUGAAAACUUGAAUGCCCAGGGGGUCCUCACAAGACAACAAUCCUUUGAUGCGGGAAGAACUGUUCAAGAAUCCACAGCAGCAGUAUUACAAGAGCAAGAACGACAAGAAAGAACAUUUUUUGAUGACAAUGCUUGGGGCGAGGAGUUUGUUUUGGACUCUGAACGACUCGCCCAAGCAUAUCAAGAACAUUCACAAGAAGCUCAGGAAGAGGCACAGCGUCGUGCCGCUCGUCAUGAAAAACACUUGAUAGAUACCGGUGAUGAUAGUGAUGAUACUGAUGCUGAUAGUAAUGGCAUUGCGGUCAGCACGGAUAGUAGUGAUGAUAAUAAUGAUGGGAGCACAAACAGUGAUGAGACACCAUCGUCAGUCUCUUCGCCUCACUUAUUUUUGAAAAAGUCUCUUGGUGGUGCUGUGCGAAAGCUAAUCCCGAGACCAUCUGCUAUAUUCAAGCGAUCUUCCGAGUAA